AGAGGCCCCCUCCCUCCCCCGGGUCCCCCCCCCGCCCCCUCCCCCCGUCCUCCUGCCAACGCCCCCUUCCCCUCUCCCCCUCCCGGCCGGCCGCGGGCCGCCCCCGACCCCGCGCAGCCGUGGGAACGUUCGGAGCCCGCACGCCCCAGCCCCGCGGCUCGCCGCCGCCUUCACCUCAGCGCCGCCGCUCCCUUCCCUCAGCCCGGCGCCGGCUGCCGGCCGCCCCGCGCCCCCGCCGUGCCCCGGCCGCGGGGAGGACAUGGCCGCGCACAGGCCGGUGGAAUGGGUCCAGGCCGUGGUCAGCCGCUUCGACGAGCAGCUUCCAAUAAAAACAGGACAGCAAAACACACAUACCAAAGUCAGUACUGAACACAACAAGGAAUGUCUUAUCAAUAUUUCCAAAUAUAAGUUUUCUUUGGUUAUAAGCGGCCUCACCAAUAUCUUAAAGAAUGUUAACAAUAUGAGAAUAUUUGGAGAAGCUGCUGAAAAGAAUUUGUAUCUCUCUCAGUUGAUUAUUUUGGAUACACUGGAAAAAUGUCUUGCUGGACAACCUAAGGAUACAAUGAGAUUAGAUGAAACGAUGCUGGUUAAACAGUUGCUGCCAGAAAUCUGCCAUUUUCUUCACACCUGUCGUGAAGGAAACCAACAUGCAGCUGAACUUCGAAAUUCUGCCUCUGGAGUUUUAUUUUCUCUCAGCUGCAACAACUUCAAUGCAGUCUUUAGUCGCAUUUCUACCAGGUUGCAAGAAUUGACUGUUUGUUCAGAAGACAAUGUUGAUGUUCAUGAUAUAGAAUUAUUACAGUAUAUCAAUGUAGAUUGUGCAAAAUUAAAACGACUUCUGAAGGAAACAGCAUUUAAAUUUAAAGCCUUAAAGAAGGUUGCCCAGUUAGCUGUUAUAAAUAGCCUUGAAAAAGCAUUUUGGAACUGGGUAGAAAAUUAUCCAGAUGAAUUUACAAAGCUAUACCAGAUUCCACAGACUGAUAUGGCUGAAUGUGCAGAAAAACUAUUUGACUUGGUGGAUGGUUUUGCUGAAAGUACCAAACGGAAAGCAGCAGUUUGGCCGCUGCAAAUCAUUCUCCUUAUCUUGUGUCCAGAAAUAAUCCAGGAUAUAUCCAGGGACGUGGUUGAUGAGAACAACAUGAAUAAGAAGUUGUUUCUGGACAGUCUACGGAAAGCCCUUGCUGGCCAUGGGGGAAGCAGGCAGCUGACAGAGAGUGCUGCCAUCGCUUGUGUCAAGCUGUGCAAAGCAAGUACUUACAUCAACUGGGAAGACAAUUCUGUCAUUUUCCUGCUAGUGCAGUCCAUGGUGGUUGAUCUUAAGAACCUGCUUUUUAAUCCAAGUAAACCAUUCUCAAGAGGCAGUCAGCCUGCAGAUGUGGAUUUAAUGAUUGAUUGUCUUGUUUCUUGCUUUCGUAUAAGCCCUCACAACAACCAACACUUUAAGAUCUGCUUGGCUCAGAAUUCUCCUUCUACAUUUCACUAUGUGCUGGUAAAUUCACUCCAUCGAAUCAUCACCAAUAGCACUUUCAAGCAUGGACUUGGCACUGCUUCUGCACUGGAUUGGUGGCCUAAGAUUGAUGCAGUAUAUUGCCACUCAGUUGAACUUCGAAAUAUGUUUGGCGAAACGCUUCAUAAAGCAGUGCAAGGUUGUGGGACACACCCACCAAUACGAAUGGCACCGAUGCCAACCAGUCACUGUUUUGCAUGGCAGUGGGCUUCUGUGGCUAGUCUUACAUUUAAAGAAAAAGUAACAAGCCUUAAAUUUAAAGAAAAACCUACAGACUUGGAGACAAGAAGCUAUAAGUAUCUUCUGUUGUCUAUGGUGAAACUAAUUCAUGCAGAUCCAAAGCUCUUGCUUUGUAAUCCAAGAAAACAAGGGCCUGAAACUCAAGGCAGUACAGCAGAGUUAAUUACAGGGCUCGUCCAGCUGGUUCCUCAGUCUCACAUGCCGGAGAUUGCUCAGGAAGCAAUGGAGGCUCUGCUGGUUCUUCAUCAGUUAGAUAGCAUUGAUUUGUGGAAUCCUGAUGCGCCUGUAGAAACAUUUUGGGAAAUCAGCUCACAAAUGCUCUUUUAUAUCUGCAAGAAAUUAACUAGCCAUCAAAUGCUUAGUAGCACAGAAAUUCUUAAAUGGUUACGGGAAAUUUUGAUCUGCAGGAAUAAAUUUCUCCUUAAGAAUAAGCAGGCAGAUAGAAGUUCCUGUCAUUUUCAUUUCCUCUGUGGGGUUGGAUGUGAUAUUCCUUCAAGUGGCGCUACUACUCAGAUGUCCAUGGACCAUGAAGAUUUCCUGCGUACUUGUACUCCUGGAGCCUCUCUCCGAAAAGGAAAAGGAAAUUUAUCCGUUGAUAGUGCAGCAGGGUGUAGUGGUACACCACCGAUAUGUCGGCAAGCCCAGACCAAACUAGAAGUGGCCCUCUACAUGUUUCUAUGGAGCCCUGACACUGAAGCUGUUCUGGUGGCUAUGUCCUGCUUCCGCCACCUCUGUGAGGAAGCAGAUAUCCGGUGUGGAGUGGAUGAAGUGUCAGUGCACAACUUUUUACCCAACUAUAACACGUUUAUGGAGUUUGCCUCUGUCAGCAAUAUGAUGUCAACAGGAAGAGCAGCACUUCAGAAAAGAGUGAUGGCACUAUUAAGGCGCAUCGAGCAUCCCACUGCAGGAAAUACUGAGGCUUGGGAAGAUACACAUGCAAAGUGGGAACAAGCUACAAAAUUAAUCCUCAACUAUCCAAAAGCCAAAAUGGAAGAUGGCCAGACUCCUGAUAGUCUUCACAAGACCAUUGUUAAGAGGCGAAUGUCUCAUGUGAGCGGAGGAGGAUCCAUAGAUCUGUCUGACGCUGACUCCUUACAGGAGUGGAUCAACAUGACUGGCUUCCUUUGUGCUCUUGGGGGAGUAUGCCUACAGCAGAGAAGCAAUUCUGGACUGGCAACCUAUAGCCCACCCAUGGGCCCAGUCAGCGAACGAAAAGGUUCAAUGAUUUCGGUAAUGUCCUCAGAAGGAAAUGCAGAUACACCUGUCAGCAAAUUUAUGGAUCGGCUCCUAUCCUUGAUGGUUUGUAACCAUGAGAAAGUAGGACUGCAGAUACGGACAAAUGUCAAGGAUCUGGUGGGUCUAGAACUGAGUCCUGCUCUUUAUCCAAUGCUGUUUAACAAAUUGAAGAAUACCAUCAGCAAGUUUUUUGACUCGCAAGGACAGGUUUUACUGACUGACACCAAUACUCAAUUUGUAGAGCAAACCAUAGCUAUAAUGAAGAACUUACUAGAUAAUCAUACUGAAGGCAGCUCUGAACAUCUAGGGCAAGCUAGCAUUGAAACAAUGAUGUUAAAUUUGGUCAGAUAUGUUCGUGUGCUUGGAAAUCUGGUCCAUGCAAUUCAGAUAAAAACAAAACUGUGUCAGUUAGUUGAGGUAAUGAUGGCAAGGAGGGAUGACCUUUCAUUUUGUCAAGAAAUGAAAUUUAGGAAUAAGAUGGUAGAAUACUUGACAGACUGGGUUAUGGGAACAUCAAACCAAGCAGCAGACGAUGAUGUAAAAUGUCUUACCAGAGACUUGGACCAGGCAAGCAUGGAGGCUGUAGUUUCGCUCCUCGCUGGUCUCCCACUACAGCCUGAGGAAGGAGAUGGUGUGGAAUUGAUGGAAGCCAAAUCACAGUUAUUUCUUAAGUAUUUCACAUUGUUUAUGAACCUUUUGAAUGACUGUAGUGAAGUCGAAGAUGAAAAUGUACAAACAGGUGGCAGGAAACGUGGUAUGUCUCGUCGGCUGGCAUCACUGAGGCACUGUACAGUCCUUGCAAUGUCAAACUUACUCAAUGCUAAUGUGGACAGUGGCCUCAUGCAUUCGAUAGGUUUAGGUUAUCACAAAGAUCUCCAGACAAGAGCUACAUUUAUGGAAGUUCUGACAAAAAUCCUCCAGCAAGGCACAGAAUUUGACACACUUGCAGAAACGGUGUUGGCAGAUCGGUUUGAGAGACUGGUGGAACUGGUCACGAUGAUGGGUGAUCAGGGAGAACUUCCUAUAGCUAUGGCUCUGGCCAAUGUGGUCCCUUGUUCUCAGUGGGAUGAACUAGCUCGAGUUUUAGUGACUCUAUUUGAUUCUCGACAUUUACUCUACCAAUUGCUCUGGAACAUGUUUUCUAAAGAAGUAGAAUUGGCAGACUCCAUGCAGACUCUUUUCCGUGGCAACAGUUUAGCCAGUAAAAUAAUGACCUUCUGUUUCAAGGUAUAUGGUGCUACCUACCUACAAAAACUUCUAGAUCCUUUAUUACGAGUUGUGAUCACCUCCUCUGACUGGCAGCAUGUUAGCUUUGAAGUGGAUCCUACAAGAUUAGAACAUUCAGAGAGCCUUGAUGAAAACCAGCGGAACCUCCUUCAGAUGACUGAAAAGUUCUUCCAUGCCAUCAUCAAUUCCUCCUCAGAAUUCCCCCCACAACUUCGAAGUGUGUGCCACUGUUUAUACCAGGCAACUUGCCACUCCCUACUGAAUAAAGCUACAGUAAAAGAAAAAAAGGAAAACAAAAAAUCAGUGGUUAGCCAGCGUUUUCCUCAGAACAGCAUCGGUGCAGUGGGAAGCGCUAUGUUCCUCAGAUUCAUCAAUCCUGCCAUUGUCUCACCGUAUGAAGCAGGGAUUUUAGAUAAAAAGCCACCACCUAGAAUUGAGAGGGGCUUAAAGUUAAUGUCAAAGAUACUACAGAGUAUUGCCAAUCAUGUUCUCUUCACAAAAGAAGAGUAUAUGCGGCCUUUCAAUGAUUUUGUGAAAAACAACUUUGAAGCAGCACGAAGGUUUUUUCUUGAUAUUGCAUCUGAUUGUCCUACGAGUGACGCAGUAAAUCAUAGUCUUUCCUUCAUCAGUGAUGGCAAUGUGCUUGCUUUACAUCGUCUGCUCUGGAAUAAUCAAGAGAAAAUUGGCCAGUAUCUUUCCAGCAAUAGGGAUCAUAAAGCUGUUGGAAGACGACCUUUUGAUAAGAUGGCAACACUUCUUGCAUACCUGGGCCCCCCAGAGCACAAACCUGUGGCUGAUACACACUGGUCUAGUCUUAAUCUUACCAGUUCAAAGUUUGAAGAAUUUAUGACUCGGCAUCAAGUACAUGAAAAAGAAGAGUUCAAAGCUUUGAAAACAUUAAGUAUUUUCUAUCAAGCUGGGACUUCGAAAGCUGGGAAUCCUAUUUUUUACUAUGUUGCACGGAGGUUUAAAACUGGUCAGAUCAACGGUGAUUUGCUGAUUUAUCAUGUCCUGCUGACUUUAAAGCCAUAUUAUGCAAAGCCAUAUGAAAUUGUAGUGGACCUAACCCAUACUGGGCCUAGUAAUCGCUUUAAAACAGACUUUCUCUCCAAGUGGUUUGUCGUUUUUCCUGGUUUUGCUUAUGACAAUGUCUCUGCAGUCUAUGUCUAUAACUGUAACUCCUGGGUCAGGGAGUACACGAAGUACCACGAGCGACUACUGACUGGCCUUAAAGGAAGCAAAAGACUCAUUUUCAUCGACUGUCCUGGGAAACUGGCGGAGCACAUAGAGCAUGAGCAACAGAAACUCCCUGCUGCCACCUUGGCUUUAGAAGAGGACCUGAAGGUGUUCCACAAUGCUCUGAAGCUAGCUCACAAGGACACCAAGGUUUCUAUCAAAGUUGGUUCUACUGCCGUUCAAGUAACCUCAGCAGAACGAACCAAAGUCUUGGGGCAAUCAGUCUUUCUAAAUGAUAUCUAUUAUGCUUCGGAGAUUGAGGAGAUUUGCCUAGUGGAUGAGAACCAGUUCACCUUAACCAUCGCAAACCAGGGCACACCACUCACCUUCAUGCACCAGGAGUGUGAUGCCAUUGUCCAGUCUAUCAUUCACAUCCGGACACGCUGGGAAUUGUCACAGCCUGAUUCCAUUCCCCAGCACACCAAGAUUCGGCCAAAAGAUGUUCCUGGGACCCUGCUCAAUAUUGCAUUACUUAACUUAGGUAGUUCAGACCCUAGUUUGCGGUCAGCUGCCUAUAAUCUUCUGUGUGCCUUAACUUGUACCUUUAAUUUAAAAAUCGAGGGCCAGUUACUAGAGACAUCAGGUUUAUGUAUCCCUGCCAACAAUACCCUUUUUAUCGUCUCAAUUAGUAAGACACUGGCAGCCAAUGAGCCACACCUUACCUUGGAGUUUUUGGAAGAGUGUAUUUCUGGAUUUAGCAAAUCUAGUAUUGAAUUGAAACAUCUUUGUUUGGAAUACAUGACUCCAUGGCUGUCAAAUCUAGUUCGUUUUUGUAAGCACAAUGAUGAUGCCAAACGACAAAGAGUUACUGCCAUUCUUGAUAAACUGAUAACAAUGACCAUCAAUGAGAAACAGAUGUACCCCUCUAUUCAAGCAAAAAUAUGGGGGAGCCUUGGGCAGAUUACAGAUCUUCUUGAUGUUGUACUAGAUAGUUUCAUCAAAACCAGUGCAACAGGUGGCUUGGGAUCAAUAAAAGCUGAGGUGAUGGCAGAUACUGCUGUAGCUUUGGCUUCUGGAAAUGUAAAAUUGGUUUCAAGCAAGGUUAUUGGAAGGAUGUGCAAAAUAAUUGACAAGACAUGCUUAUCUCCAACACCUACCUUAGAACAACAUCUUAUGUGGGAUGAUAUUGCUAUUCUAGCACGCUACAUGCUAAUGCUGUCCUUCAACAAUUCCCUUGAUGUGGCAGCUCAUCUCCCCUACCUCUUCCACGUUGUAACUUUCUUAGUAGCCACCGGACCACUUUCCCUGAGAGCUUCCACCCAUGGAUUGGUCAUUAAUAUCAUUCAUUCUCUGUGUACAUGUUCACAGCUUCAUUUUAGUGAAGAAACCAAGCAAGUUUUAAGACUCAGUUUGACAGAGUUCUCAUUACCUAAAUUUUACUUGUUGUUUGGCAUUAGCAAAGUCAAGUCAGCUGCUGUCAUUGCGUUUCGUUCCAGUUACCGAGACAGGUCAUUCUCUCCUGGCUCCUAUGAGAGGGAAACUUUUGCUUUAACAUCCUUGGAAACAGUCACAGAAGCUUUGUUAGAGAUCAUGGAGGCGUGUAUGAGAGAUAUUCCAACAUGCAAGUGGCUGGACCAGUGGACAGAACUAGCUCAAAGAUUUGCAUUCCAAUAUAAUCCAUCCCUGCAACCAAGAGCUCUUGUUGUCUUUGGCUGUAUUAGCAAACGAGUGUCUCAUGGGCAGAUAAAGCAGAUUAUUCGUAUUCUUAGCAAGGCACUUGAGAGUUGCUUAAAAGGACCUGAUACUUACAACAGUCAAGUUCUGAUAGAAGCUACGGUAAUUGCACUAACCAAAUUGCAACCACUUCUUAAUAAGGACUCCCCUCUCCACAAAGCCCUCUUUUGGGUAGCUGUGGCUGUGCUGCAGCUGGAUGAGGUCAACUUGUAUUCAGCAGGCACUGCACUUCUCGAACAAAACCUGCACACCCUAGACAGUCUUCGGAUAUUCAAUGAUAAGAGUCCGGAGGAAGUAUUUAUGGCAAUCCGAAAUCCUCUGGAAUGGCACUGCAAGCAAAUGGAUCAUUUUGUUGGACUCAAUUUCAACUCUAAUUUUAACUUUGCACUAGUUGGACACCUCUUAAAAGGGUACAGGCAUCCUUCACCUGCCAUUGUUGCAAGAACAGUCAGAAUUUUGCAUACACUACUAACUCUGGUUAACAAACAUAGAAAUUGUGACAAAUUUGAAGUGAAUACACAGAGCGUGGCUUACUUAGCAGCUUUACUCACAGUGUCUGAGGAGGUUCGAAGUCGCUGUAGCCUAAAACAUAGAAAGUCUCUUCUUCUCACUGAUAUCUCAAUGGAAAGUGUUCCAAUGGAUACAUACCCUAUUCAUCAUGGCAACCCUAGCUAUAGGACACUAAAGGAGACUCAGCCAUGGUCCUCUCCCAAAGGUUCUGAAGGGUACCUUACAGCCACCUAUCCAAAUGUGGGCCAGACCAGUCCCCGAGCCAGGAAAUCCAUGAGUUUGGACAUGGGGCAGCCUUCUCAGGCCAACACUAAGAAGUUGCUUGGAACCAGGAAAAGUUUUGAUCACUUGAUAUCAGACACAAAGGCUCCUAAAAGGCAAGAAAUGGAAUCAGGGAUCACAACACCCCCCAAAAUGAGAAGAGUAGCAGAAACUGACUAUGAAAUGGAAACUCCGAGGAUUUCCUCAUCACAACAGCACCCACAUUUACGUAAAGUUUCAGUGUCUGAAUCAAAUGUUCUUUUGGAUGAAGAAGUACUUACUGAUCCGAAGAUCCAAGCACUUCUUCUUACUGUUCUAGCUACACUGGUAAAAUAUACCACAGAUGAAUUUGAUCAGCGAAUUCUUUAUGAAUACUUGGCAGAAGCCAGUGUUGUUUUCCCCAAAGUUUUUCCUGUUGUGCAUAAUUUGUUGGACUCUAAGAUCAACACCCUGCUGUCAUUGUGCCAAGAUCCAAAUUUGUUAAAUCCAAUUCAUGGAAUUGUGCAGAGUGUUGUGUACCACGAAGAAUCCCCGCCACAGUACCAAACAGCUUACCUGCAAAGUUUUGGUUUUAAUGGCCUAUGGAGGUUUGCAGGACCCUUUUCAAAGCAAACACAAAUCCCAGACUAUGCUGAGCUUAUUGUUAAAUUUCUUGAUGCCUUGAUUGACACGUAUUUGCCUGGAAUUGAUGAAGAAACCAGUGAGGAGUCCCUUCUGACACCCACAUCUCCUUAUCCUCCUGCAGUGCAGAGCCAGCUUAGUAUUACCGCUAACCUUAACCUUUCUAAUUCCAUGACCUCACUUGCAACUUCCCAGCAUUCCCCAGCUUCUCUGCCUUGCUCUAAAUCAGCAGUUUCCAUGCAGCUGAUCUCUCAUCAAGGAAUCGACAAGGAGAACGUUGAACUCUCCCCUACCACUGGGCACUGUAACAGUGGACGAACUCGCCAUGGAUCCGCAAGCCAAGUGCAAAAACAAAGAAGCGCUGGCAGUUUCAAACGUAAUAGCAUUAAGAAGAUCGUGUGAAGCUUUCUUUCUUUCUUUUUUCAAACCGUCCUAACUGACACGGGCCCUUCACUAGGGACCCUUUCACCACCGUGCUGUGAGGCUGCACUCCAUGUUCCUAAUGAGCCCAACAGUCUGCCGUGUUGCCGGAUGAUCAACUCUCGGAAGCAUUGCCUAAAUUUAAUGCUGCUUUUCCUUUCACUUUUCUCUCUUCUCCUUUGGGUGUGUGACUGGUCUAAGCAAGUGUUCAGAACAACUGCGAAUGAAGGUGGAGGUCCAGGACACUUGGGCUGAGACCCUCCCAGUUGUCAGAGAGGUUGGAUGACUGAAUACUGCUCCUACUAGCCAGCUACGAAAGCCAUUUGCACAGAGCUCUCUGCCUUCUAUGUUCUCCCCCUUCUUCAUCAUACAGAGUAAAGUGUUAGUCUUAUUUACACACUUUUCAAGAUAGAAGCUUAUGGAAGAAAUAACGUUAUAACCCCAGUAUGUUUAAUCUGACUUUUAGCUGUGGACUUUUUUUUACCUUAACAAAAGUGAAGGAACAGUAGAGGCCCAAGCCUCAAGGGACUUCACACCACAGAGCUACAGGCGAGGUACUUUUGGGGGGUGGAGGGACUUAGUAUUUUGUAGUGGGUUCUUAAAUACUAACACUUGAGUAUUAGCAAUAAUUACAGAAAAAUAAGCAUAACCACAUAUAUCUUAAUAUUACUGAAUUAAAGCUAUGGUUUCUGAGGCCUUAUCCAAACUCAGUCAUCCAAACGAGUUUACUUUUUCCUCGAGUUGAUUUUCAGUCUUUAGACAUGCUAAAUAUUGGUUGUUUUGUGUUGUUUUUGUAAGCUAAAACUAUACUAAGUAUAGUAUGAUACAUUUCCCCCCUCCUCUUCUUUAUUUUUUUCCCUAAUUAAUUUUGAGCAGGGUAAGCAGUGAAAAAAGUGUUGAAAAUGAUCCCUAAAAGGUAAUUUUCAUAGAUGUUUGCGUUAGCUCCAUAGCGAAACGGAAUGGUACGUGACUUUCAGGAGUAGCCAGUGCUUUCAUUUUGUUAAAUAAUUUCCCCCAGGAAGCACAGACGCUGAUGUAUAUUAUCGACAGGUUCUUUGACAAGAUGUAGUUUAAAUGUCUUUACUCUUCCCCUCCCCAUCCCCCUAAAUCAGGACUCUCUUUAGCGAAACUCUCUCUGCUAGGCUCCUAGGUCAUCACUAUGAAAGGCCUGGUCAGCUUCGUCAGUGUGAAACAGGGACCCAAAGCGUUGCUGUGG